AUGGAUAAAGGAGAGGGGGCAGAGGGAAAUUUGAGGGAAGCCAUAAAGAUAUUGGAACAAGAGAUGAAGAUGAUGGAGGAGGAUCCAGAUAUGCAACUUGAGGAUGGAACGAAGAGGCUCAGGCAAGCUUGUUUCAAGGCUAACUACAAGAAGAGGAAGCUCAUGGGGACAAUGAAUUUGAUCGAGAUGGACUCUCCUUCUUCUUCUUCUUCUUCUUCCAGCACCAACCAUCCAAGUACAGAAGUCACCACCACUGAUUAUGGGACUAGGGAUAAUGAGGAACAAGAAGUGAUGAAGUCACUUUGGUCCGAUUGUUUUUCUUCUAAUGUAAUGUUCUAA